AUGGCUGCUUAUUCUCUGCAGGCCUCAUCAGGCAUUGCUUCAAUGCACAUUCAGCUUAAACCCCAUUCAGAUUCACAAAGUUUUAAUUCCCUGGCUUUAUCUUCCCAACUUCAACGUGUCUUCCUCAAAUCUUCAGUGAAAACAAGAAAAGUAAAAGAAAGAAUAAGUGCAUCUGUUAAGACUCAAAGCAGCUCAGACACAAUGAAAGUUGAUAUCACACUGAGUCCUAGAGUAAAUUCUGUAAAGCCAUCAAAAACAGUGGCUAUAACUGACCAGGCAACAGCUCUUGUACAAGCUGGCUUCUCUGUUAUUCGAUUAGCUGCUGGAGAACCUGACUUCGAUACUCCCGCCACAAUAGCUGAGGCUGGAAUUAUUGCAAUUCGUGAAGGAUACACUAGGUAUACUCCUAAUGCGGGUACAUUGGAACUCCGUUCUGCUAUUUGUCACAAGUUGAAAGAGGAGAAUGGGAUAUCUUAUACACCUGAUCAGAUUUUGGUGAGUAACGGGGCGAAACAGAGUAUUCUUCAGGCAGUUCUUGCUGUAUGUUCACCAGGAGAUGAGGUUAUAAUUCCAGCUCCAUUUUGGGUGAGCUACCCAGAAAUGGCGAGGCUGGCUGAUGCAACCCCUCUGAUUCUUCCAACCAGCAUAUCUGAAAAUUUUCUUUUGGAUCCAAAGCUUCUUGAAUCGAAGCUCAGUGAGAAAUCAAGGCUGUUGAUUCUUUGCUCACCAUCCAACCCGACAGGGUCUGUUUAUCCCCGUAAAUUGCUCGAAGAGAUUGCUCAGAUUGUAGCACAUCAUCCAAGACUUCUGGUGAUGUCUGAUGAAAUUUAUGAACAUAUUAUUUAUGCACCGGCAACUCAUACAAGCUUCGCAUCUUUGCCGGGCAUGUGGGAUAGGACACUGACUGUCAAUGGUUUUUCCAAGGCCUUUGCUAUGACUGGAUGGAGACUUGGAUAUCUUGCUGGUCCAGAGCACUUUGUUGCUGCUUGUGGGAAGAUCCAAAGUCAGUUCACUUCAGGUGCCAGCAGUAUAUCUCAAAAAGCAGCUGUUGCUGCACUAGGACUGGGAUAUGCUGGUGGAGAAGCUGUCUCAACUAUGGUAAAGGCAUUUCGUGAGCGGAGAGAUUUUUUGGUUAAAAGCUUUGGUGAAAUGGGGGGCGUCAAAAUUUCCGAGCCUCAGGGAGCUUUCUAUCUAUUCCUCGAUUUCAGCUCUUACUACGGAAAGGAGAUUGAUGGCUUUGGAGUGAUUGAUGGUUCGGAGUCUCUUUGUCGAUAUUUACUCGAUGAGGCUCAAGUUGCACUUGUUCCAGGGGAUGCAUUUGGGGACGAUACCUGCAUCCGCAUCUCCUACGCAGCAUCUCUUUCGACUCUGCAGGCAGCGGUUGAAAGAAUCAAGAAAGCACUGAUUUCACUAACUCCUGCUGUUCCUGCUUAA